CCCCCCUCGGGGUGGGGAAGGAGCACCCGCUGCUCGCAGCUGUAACAACAAGGGGGCAGCGAGAGGCUGCCGGAGCACCCAGCCGAGGGUGAGCAGCGCGACGGUCUGCUCCUUUGCCCCAGCCGCUCCGCACGGUGCCCUGAACCCCUCUCACCGCACCGGCCGGGCUGGAGGAGGAGGAGAAGGAGGAGGAGGAGAUCGGGCGCUUUCACUCCUGCUGGCUCCGGAGGCUGAGGCAAAAGACAGAAAAAAGGAGGAGGGGAAUAAAAAGUAAAGAGGGGGGAGAGAGAGUGAAAGAAAACUAAGCCCAGCUUUUGCCGGUGCUGCUUGGAUUGGAUCUGGUUUGAGUUUCCUCUCUGCUGGCUUGUGCAGCAAGAGAGGAGGAGUGGGGGGAAGUAACUCGCUCACUCUUCCUCUGAAGCUCAAGCAAACGUGCUGGUGACUGCACUGGUGGGGAGCUGCCCUGGGUGCAGUUGCCUCCUGGCUUAUUGCUCUCAGUUCCUAAAGAACUGCCUGGACUUCUCGAGGACCUGGAGGAAAAAGCAUCACUUCACAGAUCAGAGUUGCUCAGUGACUAUAGACUUGACAGUUCUGUUUUUGUGGUUUUUUGUGUGUUUUGUUUUUUUUUUUUUUUUCUCUUCUAGGGAAUUCUUUUUUUUAAUUAUUUUUCUCCUGUGUCUCUCAGAGCAGCAUUUCCUUGAGUGUGUGGCAUUGAAAUCCAUUGCUUUGUUAACAACUUUGGGAGAUAUUUUAAAAAACUUUUUUUUCUUCUCUCUUUUGCUUUCUUUGCCUUAAAAAAAGAGAAAAAAAAAGAAAAGAUAAUCCUUUUGGGGGGAGGGGAGAUGAUCGUGCUGAUGUGGAAUAAGUGCUCCUGCUGUCUCCUCUUACUAGCCGCGGUCCUGAUCGUGGAGAGCUCCCAGCUAGACAGCUCCAGCUCCAAGGUGAACUCCAUCAAGUCCACCCUGAUGGGGGAGGCUCCAACUCAGACAACCAACAGAUCUACAGGCAUCCACCAGGGACUGAUACUUGCUAGCAGUAAGAAGGGCAAAAUCCUAGAGCAGAUGGGAAAACCUCCCAAGCACUAUCACCGGCAAGGAGAGGCCUAUCCUUGUACCAAUGAUAAGGAAUGUGAAGUUGGGAGAUACUGUCACAGUCCUCAUCAAGCAACUUCUGCAUGCAUGAUGUGCCGGAGGAAGAAGAAGCGUUGCCACAGAGAUGGCAUGUGCUGCCCUGGGAACCGCUGCAACAAUGGUAUUUGCAUACCAGUAACUGAAAGCAUCCUUACCCCUCACAUCCCUGCUCUAGAAGGGCCACGCAAUAAGAAGAAUGGUCAUUAUGCUAGCAAGGAUUUGGGAUGGCAAAACCUAGGAAGGCCACGCUCCAAGCUGUCACACAUAAAAGGACAUGAAGGCGAUCCCUGUCUACGGUCAUCAGACUGUAUUGAGGGACACUGCUGUGCUCGACAUUUCUGGACCAAAAUUUGCAAGCCUGUGUUGCAUCAGGGGGAGGUGUGCACCAAACAGCGCAAGAAAGGGGCCCAUGGGCUGGAGAUUUUCCAACGAUGUGACUGUGCCAAGGGGCUGUCUUGCAAAGUAUGGAAAGAUGCGACCUCCUCUUCUAAAUCAAGACUUCAUGUGUGCCAGAAAAUCUGAAUGAGGAUUGUGAGGGUAGUAUGAAGUGACUGUGGCUUUAGGUAUUUAAUGCAUUAUGGCACGGUGGGAAAUAAGGACUGCAAAUGAAAGCAGAAUAGCUAAAGUAACAGGAUAGGAGCAGAAGUCACCCCAAAUGCAUUUCUAUUUGAGCUGCUCGUAAACACAAGUGCAGCUGGAGUUCUCCUACUGUGCAGCUUUUCUGUAAAUAACUUCUACAGUUUGUGGGAAAGGCUAGUAUGCAAAUAAGUACAGUGGAAAUUAAUGUCACUUAACUUGCCACGUUGUCCUGUGAUGUUUCAGGGGGUUAGUGUUAGGGCUACAACAGUGGGUUUCCAGUGUGGUAAUAACUGCUAAAUAAAUUGUAUACAUUGUACUCCUAUAGGAAGCAGUGCAUGCCAGGAAGACUUAUCUGUCAACAAAUAUUGGCCACAUCGCAAGUGUGAGAAAUGGAAAUAAAGUUACUGUGAAUGUUUGCAUGCCCUUGUCAUUCAGGGCUGAUACUUCAGCAAAGAAAGCACUCCUGCAGGACAAGAGUGCUCUGUGUUUUGCAGGCCCUUGUGAAAGAGGUGAAAACUUGCCAUCUCAAGAUUUCAAGAGAGCAGUAGUUUCUAAGAGGAGGCAUUUAAACAGGGUUUUGUUUCCUAUACAUAGAUAAAUUAAAAUGCUUUAUGUAGAUCCAUAUCAUAGUAUGGCACUUAAUCGCUUGUAUUUGCCUCAGUUUACUGCUAGUAUACAUUGGGUUGAACAGAUGAAGCAAAUAUGUGCAUGCUGAAUCCAGAAUUAUAUAAAGGCAGCUGCUCAUUAGUCCUAAAUAUACUUUCCUUGCCUAAGCCUUACUUGCAUUAUAGAUUUUUCCAAAAGAAAUAGCAGUGUUGAAGUGCCUAAAAUGAAGAGCUAUGAAGUUGUUUCACUGUUGCUGUUAGAUGUAGACAGUUGUUGAGGUGUUUAGAGCAUACUGCUACGAACUCAAAUUUUUACAUUUUGUUAGUAGCAAGAGGCUACUGGUGGCACUCUGCAGAAGUAUAGCUGAUUUGUUUCUUAGUGGCAGCAAAGAAAAAGGACUUGGCUCUUGUAAGCACCUCCUCUCCUGCAGAAAAGGUUGUAAGAAGAUGGUACAACCUCAAAUGACUUAUUAAACAUCAUGCGAUGCCACAGCAUACCAGCCUCCAGCAUGUAUUCAGCCUGAACUUGAUGUCCUCUAUCUGGACUGUUCUGCCAGGAAUGAUGGAAGUACAUGGACUGUGGAAACAGCUGAUAACUCUACAUUGUUUGUGUACUGUUUAA